GUCACUGUGGAGGGCUGAGGCAAAUGUGUUGCUGGCUGAUAUUUAUGACAAUGGUUGCUUGCUUAUUGUUUGAUGUCAGUGACCUUUUCUGACCUUUGAUGUCUUGCUCCGCUCCACAGGUAGAAAUCGCUGCGCGCUACGGGGCCUUGGGGGUCAUCAUCUACUCAGACCCUGCGGACUACACGUGGUCGGAGGACACUCGGUAUUUCCCGGAUACAUGGUGGCUGCCACCUAGCGGCGCACAGAGAGGCACCCUCUACACCGGUGUGGGAGACCCACUAACCCCCGGGUAUCCAUCUAUAGACACGGCGUAUAGAUACAACGAGAGCGACACACCACUGGUGUUGCCAACCAUACCAGCACACGCCAUGGGCUAUGGAGGGGCGGAACGCUUUCUCAAAGAAAUGCAAGGUGCCGAAGUUCCCAAAGACUGGAGAGGUGGCUUGAACAUCCCCUACAGGCUGGGUCCAGGGCUUACUCCUGGACUCUCACUUCGCAUGAAGGUUACAACAACUAACAGCAUUAGAAGGGUGGACAACGUGAUAGCCACGUUGAAGGGAGACGUGGAGCCUGACCGCUACGUGUUGCUGGGAAACCACCGCGACGCCUGGGUGUACGGCUCCAUUGAUCCUUCAAGUGGAACGGCCGUCAUGAUGGAGGUGGCCAGAGCUAUGGGCCAGCUGGUCAAAGAAAAGAGAUGGAGGCCACGCCGCUCUAUCAUGUUCUGUUCCUGGGGAGCAGAGGAAUAUGGUCUCCUUGGUUCUAAUGAAUGGGCAGAGCAAUAUGUCAAGUCCCUGGGCGCGAGAGCUGUCGCAUAUGUGAAUAUCGACAUCGCUGUGGAAGGUAACAAUUCCCUUCGUGCUGCAGGCACACCCCUGAUGUACAGAGCUCUUUAUGAGGCUGCCAAAAAGGUACCUAAUCCUAGCGAAGCAGAAGUCAGCCAGAACAGACGUACGGUGUACGACACUUGGGUUCACUCAUUCCCAUGGACCUCCUCUGGUUUUGACCUACCUUUUGUUGAAGAGUUGGGCUCCGGAAGUGAUUUCACGGCUCUCCUGCAGUUCAUCGGCAUCACAUCAUCGGACAUAAGCUACACGUAUGAUUGGAAUAAGUAUCCCAUCGGUUCCUAUCCUCUGUACCACACAGAGUACGAGACAUUCGAUGCAAUGAAGCGGCUGAUAGACACGGACUUCAAGUAUCACCGGUCCGUGGGUCAGGUAGCAGCUGAAGUUGUUCGUUCACUGGCCGACUCUCUCAUCAUUCCCUUCAACGUCUCGGACUACGCCUGGGGGCUAGAAAUGAACAGACAGACGCUGGACACAGAAGUCGGGGCACGACUGCAACAAAUUGUCUCUAACUACUGUAAGUCAAAUGAUUGAGAUUUGUUGUGCCUACUGUCCGACAAAUGAUUGUGUUUUGUUGUAGACACUGUGUGUCAACAAGUGUUUUCCUAUACUUUCUGUACAUCAAAUACUCCGCUUCAGUCCCUGACGACAGUCCUGCUGAUGCUCCUACCUUCUCGUCUGUAGGAGUGUUGUUGUUGACAUGGCAGUUGUACCUAUCUGUGUUAUCUCUCUCUCCUGAGGGUUGAGUGUCAUGGCAAUGUAGUAUAGUAUCGGGCUGACCGACUGAGCCACAGCAUCCUACUUCUACACGCUUUCUGUGUGUCAGGGUUUCUAUCUUUUUUUUUUUUUUUUAAAGUGUGACACCUUGGGUAACUUUGACAACAAACAUACGUACACAUGCUCUGCAUGUCAGGUUUUAUCUUUUUAUAUCGUUGUAACUUUAUUUCCUCUGUAUAGCUCGAUUUAGGGGAGAUAGCAUAUACAUGUAGUUUACUAGUCCUAAUGCUGCAAUGGCCUAUCUCCCCUCAUCUGGCUUAAUAAAAGUUAAAUUAAAAAAAAUGUUCUACUACUCGUGGACUCCUUUCACGAAUGCUAUUUACAUUUUUGCACAAGGGAAGCGAAGCACGUGACAACACUUAUUUUAAAUUACAUGUGAUAUUUGGAGAUGGCAACAGAUUUUAAGAGAAGAAAUUACUCUCUGUCGCGUGUCAUGAUUUCCUCUAGGUCUGCAUGUCUCUCAGCGCGUGGGGACGCUCCUGUAUUGGAGAGGUAGCUGACAGCAGACGACGGUCAACGUUUGUUUUCAGGCUAUUUUUGUCCGGUUCGCGGGAAAAGGUCAAGGCCUUCGCCCGUUGUC